AUGUUAGGUCCCAAAGCUGGUCGAAAAGAUAUUUACAAGCGGUUUAUUCAUAUUUUACCUUCAGUUUACAUAAUCAUGUCCAACAGCAAGAUGUUUAAUGCACUUAAAGUGCUUAGAAGGCACAACAAUGGAAAUUUUAUAAAUAGGUUGCAUAGCAGAACCCUCGCGGCUGCAGCAACGUCUCAUGUCCACACCAAGUGUAAAUUGGUGAAUGGGGUAUAUGUCAUAACACUCGAUUCUCCAAAUGUUAAGGUUAAUUCCUUAAAUCAAGCCGUAAUGGAUGAAGUUAAGACAAUCAUUCAAGAGGUACAAAGCAAUCCUGCAAUUGAAGCUGCCGUUUUCAUAUCGGGCAAACCUGGGUGCUUUAUCGCCGGUGCUGAUAUCAGCAUGAUUGAAAGCUGUAAAACAAAAGAAGAAGUAGUUGCAUUAUCCAAAAAUGGUCAUGAAAUCUUUAGGAGCAUAGAAAAUUCCACAAAGCCUUAUGUAGCAGCCAUUCAAGGAUCGUGUCUCGGGGGCGGUCUGGAAACGGCAUUAGCUUGUAAAUACAGAAUUGCUGUGAAAGAUAACAAAACAGCUGUGGCUCUUCCUGAAGUUAUGUUAGGUUUAUUGCCUGGAGGUGGUGGCACUGUUAGGAUGCCCAGACUUACUUCAGUCCCUACAACUUUGGAUCUUGCUCUCACAGGAAAAACUGUUAAGGCCGACAAAGCAAAGAAACUUGGGAUUGUUGAUUUGUUGGUAUCUCCAUUGGGGCCAGGCUUAGGAGAACCUGAAGCUAACACAAUGGCAUAUUUAGAAAAAGUCGCCGUUCAAAUUGCUAAAGAUAUUGCAUCUGGUAAAAUGAAGGUAGAGAGGGGCAAGAAAGGGGUUGUUAAUCAAUUGAUGGCCGCUGUCAUGGACAUAGAGUUUGUCAAGAAUUUUAUCUUCAAGAAAGCCAAGGAUCAAGUAAUGAAAGCAUCGCGUGGAUUAUACCCAGCACCACUCAAGAUUCUUGAAGUUGUCAGGACUGGUGUAGACAAAGGUCAGGCUGCUGGCUACGAGGCGGAGGCCCAGGGCUUCGGUGAAUUAGCCAUGACGCCCCAGAGCAAAGGACUCAUAGGGCUCUUCAGGGGACAGACUGAGUGUAAGAAGAAUAGGUUCGGCAAACCUCAGAAUGAAGUUAAAACGAUCGGCGUACUAGGCGCGGGUUUGAUGGGUGCUGGUAUAGUUCAAGUGUCAGUGGACAAGGGUUACCAGGUCGUGUUAAAGGACGCCACCACAGCUGGCCUCUAUCGUGGUAUGGGUCAGAUUCAAAAUGGGCUAGUCAACGCUGUCAAGAGGAAGAGGAUCUCAUCGUUGCAAAAGGACAAGUUUAUUUCGAACCUAUUGCCGACGUUGGACUACAACAAGUUCAAAAACGCGGACUGUGUUAUUGAAGCCGUGUUUGAAGACAUUAAUAUCAAGCAUAAAGUUAUCAAAGAAUUGGAAGCGGUUGUACCCAAGCAUUGUAUAGUGGCUACGAAUACUAGCGCCAUUCCUAUCACUAAAAUCGCUGCUGGUAGCAGCCGCCCUGAGAAAGUUAUUGGCAUGCACUAUUUCUCGCCCGUGGAUAAAAUGCAGUUGUUAGAGAUCAUCCGUCACCCAGGCACGUCUGAUGACACAGCUGCUGCGGCUGUAGCUGUCGGUCUGAAGCAGGGCAAGGUUGUCAUCACUGUUGGUGACGGACCGGGCUUCUACACUACUAGGAUUCUGUCCACUAUGCUUAGUGAAGCUAUUAGGUUGUUACAAGAGGGCGUUGACCCGAAGGACCUGGACAGCAUGACGAAGCAGUUCGGCUUCCCCGUUGGCGCGGCCACACUCGCUGACGAGGUUGGCAUUGACGUUGGAGCACACAUCGCUGUCGACUUGGCCAAGGCGUUUGGUGACCGUAUCAGCGGUGGAGAUCUCAACAUUAUGCAAGACUUAGUGAAGGCUGGCUUUAUGGGAAGAAAGUCGGGCAAGGGAUUCUACGUUUAUGAGAAAGGCACCAAGAAUAGGGACGUCAACCAAGACGCUGUGAAUAUAUUGAAGACCAAGUACUCCCUGGAACCAAAAGGAGCAAACACUGUCGAGGACCAACAGCUGAGAAUGGUGUCAAGGUUUGUUAAUGAAGCAGUUUUAUCUCUUGAGGAGAAAAUUCUACACAGUCCGCUUGAAGGUGAUGUAGGCGCAGUUUUCGGUCUUGGAUUUCCUCCAUUCACUGGUGGACCUUUCAGAUGGGUAGACCAAUUCGGUGCUGGCAAACUGGUAGCAAAAAUGGAGGAAUUCCAAGCUCUAUAUGGUGCUCCCUUCAAACCCGCACAAACUCUGGUUGACAUGGCCAAAGAUAGCAGCAAGAAAUUCUAUAACUAA